AUGGAUUUUGAGGAUGUGAUGGCGCUGUCACGGCGCGGUGUUAACUACCUUAGCCCUGAGCGAAGGCUUGCUGGCGGAAAUGACAGCACAAGAUUGGACAGGAAAGGCACUAGUCAAUGGGGUAACAUCCAUUUUGUGCUCUGGGGUCUGGUCGUCUGCCCAGAUUUCAUGGUCAACGAUCGCCACAAUGCCGCUAGACACGCUAGGGAGCGAUUCCCUGCUCCAUUCCCUCGGUUCACGUCUUGA